AUGUGUAAACUGAAUCCCGUCGCCCCCCAUUUGAUUAACUUGGGUGGUCAGUUGGGAUUGGGCAUAUCUCAAGAAGAUCAGCAGGCCGAUUACGGACAGGAUCCUCGUUCCGAGACCGAGAUUUCUGAUCUGAAGGAUCCUAUUGCUGUGGGUCUUCAAAAGCGUCUUCUGAGUCUUCCAAAGGACAGGGGGCCAACAGGACCUUUCCGCGUUGCUGUCCUUGGGCAACACGAUGCUGAGCUUGCCGCCACCUUGAGGGCUGUGCGCCGAGCUGGCGCCACUGCAGCUCCGGCAGAUGUGUCAGUGUACGAUACUGAGGAACUGACUGCCUUGCUUGCAGAAGCACAAGUUCACAUGGCAGUGCUUUCCAAUAGAUCCGCCGUUGACAGAGUCCAGCAGGCAAUGCGGCCCCUGGGCAAACAACUGGCCGUUGCGGAGGAUCUUGCAUUUGAAGGCGCAGGAGAAGCAUCAGCAACCAAAGGCGAUUUGGUUCCAUCCAUGUUGCUCUUUGCACGAUCGCCUUCGACCCCGAACGUUGUAAGAGCUGUGGAGGUUGAAGGCCGAGCUCUCGAAGCACGCAGAGCAAGAGCGGCAGCUACGUGGCAAUUCACCCAAGAUGACAUUGUAUUGUCGCUGGGCCUCACUGCGGGCGAGACGGCCUCUGUGGUGGAUGCCGUCGAGGCACCAUUGGAAGCAGGCAGCUCCGUUGAGAUGGCAAGGGGUGAGUCAAUCUGGGACUUCUGGUCAGCGCUAGACGAAACUUCGGCUUCGAUUGUUUUUGUAAACUCCAAGUUAUGUUGGAGGCUCGUCCAGUCGCACCAGUCUCUUGCAGCCGCUGUACGACAAAGAUUGCGUACUCGGUCGAAAUCCAAGCCACUCCGCUGCGUUGCUUUGGCUCCGCCUGGGACAGUAAUCUCGGAGGAGCUAGGAAGCCGGUGGCAAGACAUGUUCAAUUGCCCCUUGACCUGGCACUUCAGCUGUGCAGAGGCUGGAGCCUUAUUCACAGUUCAGAAGUCGGAGGGGGAGUCACCUCAUGUUGGCCACUGCGCUCCCGGCCUUGAGUGGCGCAUGAAAACAGGCGACCUUCAUGUCCGUGGUAAGGGCCUGUUUUCCAAGUAUUGGGGGCGGCCCCGUAGCACGCAAGAGGCUUUCGAUGAGGACGGCUUUUUCUGCAAGACCGGCCAUCGUGCGAAGGGCGUUGAGGCGGAUGCGAUCCUUCCACUUCCAGCUCUUAGUGAUCGACUGCUUGAUGAGGAAGCCAAUCAACAUCUCACUAAGACGCCAAAUGCAGACUUUUCGGGUCCCUUCAUGCGGGCCGAUUGGAAGAACAGAAAAGUACGAAUCAGGACCUACCAAUACUGGAAGGCUAAUUGGGGUGGGGUGCUUGUCACCAAAAAGCACAAUCCAGGAAAAGAGGUCUACAAAGGAAAAUACAAGUGA